AUGGCGGGAGAGAGCACCCCGGAGGCCCCGGCAGAAGGCCCUCUCUGGAGGGCCCUCAGGGCACUCAUGCCCGACUCUCAGGAAGGACUGAUGCUGGACCUGGGCGCGAGCGUGACAGGCAGCGUGGUGCAGCUGCUGCGGCGGGCGGCCGAGCUCUUCUACGGGGGCCAGGGCAGCAUGUGCCUGCAGGCGGCCGAGGCCAUCCUUGACUACUCCUGGGAGCAGCUCAACACAGGGCCCUGGCGGGACGUGGACAAGGGCUGGCGCCGGGUGUACGCGCUCGGCUGCCUGCUGAAGGCCGUGUGUCUGUGCCGGGCACCCGCCGGGCCCCUGGCCGUGGCCGAGGCCCUGAGGGUCUGCGACAUGGGCCUGCUGAUGGGGGCGGCCAUCCUGGGGGACAUCCUCCUCCGGGUGGCCGCUGUCCUCCAGGCGCAUCUUCCCGCGGGGAAACGGCCCCCGCCGGGCCCCAGCCCCCAGCAGCCCCGUACCAAGAAGGCCAGGAGUGCCCCGGUCCCCCUCCCAGACCUGGAGCCAGGAAGCAUCGUGCCCCGCGUCCGCUGCCCGUCCCUGCAGUAUUUCGGGGAGCACUUCCUGCUUCCUGGGAGGCCCGUGAUCCUGGAAGGUGUGACCGACCAUUGGCCGUGCAUGAGAAAGUGGAGUCUGGAGUACAUCCAGGCGACCGCCGGCUGUCGGACCGUGCCCGUGGAAGUGGGGUCCAGGUACACUGAUGAGGACUGGGCCCAGCGGCUCAUGACAGUCAACGAGUUCAUCAGCACGCACAUCGAGGGGGAGUCUAGGGACAUCGGCUACCUGGCCCAGCACCAGCUCUUCGACCAGAUCCCGGAGCUGAGGCAGGACAUCGACAUCCCCGACUACUGCUGCCUGGGCAGCGGGGAGGAUGAGGAGAUCACCAUCAACGCCUGGUUCGGGCCCCCUGGCACUGUCUCCCCGCUCCACCAGGACCCCCAGCAGAACUUCCUGGCCCAGGUGAUGGGCAGGAAGUACAUCCGGCUGUACUCCCCACGGGAGUCGGAAGCUUUGUACCCCCACGAAACGCACCUUCUGCACAACACGAGCCAGGUGGAUGUGGAGAACCCCGACCUGGAGCGGUUCCCCCGGUUCGCUGCGGCCCCGUUCCUAUCCUGCGUGCUGGGCCCCGGCGACCUGCUCUUCAUCCCUGUGAGCUACUGGCACUAUGUGCGCGCCCUCGACCUCAGCUUCUCCGUCAGCUUCUGGUGGUCCUAGCGGGAGGCGCCCGCCAGGAGACUGUGCAUCUGGAACAUUCUGGUCACCCCCACCCGAGGGCUCCUAGGCUCUGAGCUUGUCACGCAGUGUGCCUGGCCGCCUGUGGCUGGUGCUGGUGGGUCGGGCGCUGGGGUGCCCACAAGCUGCCUGUGACCCGAGCCCACCACUUGGCGUGCUCUGUCGUCAGGGCCUGCCAACUCGAGCCGGUUGGCUGGUUGGUCUGGGCCCGCCUGUCCUGCUGCCCCCGGGGGAGACUCCCGUGCACACCCAUGACUCCCACGCCAGGCCACCCCGGGGCCCCACAGCCCCCACCCAGGGCCCACUCAGACAUGAACUGUUCGGUGUGAUUCGGCCCUGUGGUCUCCCACCCAUGGUGCAUCCACCGGACCCAGGGAGCCAGGCCCCGGGUGGGGAGAAGC